GCCCAGGCCUCCCCGAAUCCCGGGGCCUCUCCCUUUCUGGCUGGGAGUGGAAUGGAGUCCCUCCUACCUAGAGGUCUCAAAGCACCGACGGGAAGACUCCCGGCGAGGUGGCCGCCCGGGCUGGGCACCGCUGCCUCGGGGAUCGAGAGAGCGCGAUGAGCAGCAGGGGACGGCCGGGCCAGCAGGACCAGGACGUCCGGGAGCAGGAGCCCCGGGAAGAAGGAGGCCACCGCCAUGGUCACCGGGUUCUCCUUCUUGUGCAGGAAGACAGGCUCCCCCUUGUUGGUGACCUGGGGAGGGCGGGGCGGGGCAGCCGGGAGCACCCUGACCUCCGCCUGGCGCCCCCCACCGCCCCCCCCCCGCCCCCGCCGCCCUCCUUUUCAACCGCUGGCGCUUCCUGAUCUUCCUGAUGCAGGGGCCCAUCCCGGCCUGGGCCCGGAGCCCCGACGAGCAGGCCGCCCAGGACGAGAGCGCCCCGAUGUCCGCAGCGGAGGCCCCCCCCAAACGGAAGGAGGUGGCCUUCCCUCCCCAGUACCCCGUCCCGAGGACCAAGGGGAGCCCGGGCUGGACCUGGGACAAAGGACUGCACUACCCUGGGCCGCUCUCCCAACUGAUGGACCAGCAGAGCGCCCCGGCCCUCCCGGAAGUGAUGUCGGAAGUGAUGGCGAGAGCGGAAGCCGCCCCCAUGCUCUUCGGGUCCCAGCAGAAGCUCCCAGUCAGGAGAGAAGAGGAGUGGAAGCUGCCUCACCAGCGGAGACGUCCUCUUCAGGGCCCUCCAGGCCACCCUCCCAAGAGCACCCCAAGGAGCCGGGCACUGCCAACAAGCUGCCGCUCCCCCAAGAGCAGCCGCAGCCCCAGGAGCUCCCCCAAGAGCAGCCGCAGCCCCAGGAGCUCCCCCAAGAGCAGCCGCAGCCCCAGGAGCUCCCCCAAGACCAGCCGCAGCCCCAGGAGCUCCCCCAAGACCAGCCGCAGCCCCAGGAGCUCCCCCAAGACCAGCCGCAGCCCCAGGAGCUCCCCCAAGACCAGCCGCAGCCCCAGGAGCUCCCCCAAGACCAGCCGCAGCCCCAGGAGCUCCCCCAAGACCAGCCGCAGCCCCAGGAGCUCCCCCAAGACCAGAUGCAGCCGCAGCCCCAAGAGGGCCCCCAAGAGAGGCGCCAUUCCAAGGGGCACCACCACCAUUCAAAACACCACCACCACCAUUCAAAAUGGCAGCAGCUCCCCCAAGAGCAGCCACAGCCCCGAAGGCUGUGCAAAUGCCAGAAAACACAGGAGCCGCCACUGCGGGUUAAGGUUCGGGACACCUUAGGGGAGCCCAGAACCCUGGCCGAAGUUAUGUUAAAAAAAUUAGAGGCCUGGGAUGCCUGGCGGUUCGGGUGGGUCCGCUGCCAGCCUCCGGAAGCCGCCGGGGUCGCCACAGAGCAGCCCAAGGACAAACCGAGGGACGGACCGGAGCCCACCCAGGCCUCACAGCCCUGCGCCAGUUUCAAGGCUCUGAGGAAGGCUAUCCAGAAGCCACCGAGCUGGCUCACCAGAGCAUGGCAACAGGGCAAAAAGGUGGUCUGCACCUGUACCAGGGGCUCCAGCUAAUCCCCUGCCCAGGCCACCUAACUGCAUUAGAUUUUUUUUUUAAUUUUUUAAAAUAUAUUUUAUUUGAUUAUUUCCAAGCAUUAUUCAUUAAAGACAUAGAUCAUUUUCUUUUCCUCCCCCCACCCCCACCCCCCAUAGCCAAUGCGUAAGUCCACUGGUUAUUACAUGUUUUCUUGAUUUGAACCCAUUGCUUUGUUGAUAGUAUUUGCAUUAGAGUGUUCAUUUAGAGUCUCUCCUCUGUCAUGUCCCCUCAACCGCUGUAUUCAGGCAGUUGCUUUUCCUCGGUGUUUCCACUCCCAUAGUUUAUCCUUUGCUUAUGAAUGGUGUUUUUUUCUCCUGGAUCCCUGCAAGUUGUUCAGGGACAUUACACCGCCACUAAUGGAGAAGUCCAUUACCUUCGAUUAUACCACAGUGUAUUAGUCUCUGUGUACGAUGUUCUCCUGGUUCUGCUCCUCUCGCUCUGCAUCACUUCCUGGAGUUCGUUCCAGUCUCCAUGGAACUUCUCCACUUUAUUAUUCCUUUUAGCACAAUAGAAUUCCAUCACCAACAUAUACCACAGUUUGCUCAGCGAUUCCCCAAUUGAUGGGCAUCCCCUCGUUUUCCAGUUUUGGGCCACCACAAAGAGCGCAGCUAUGAAUGUUCUUGUACAAGUCUUUUUCCUUAUUAUCUCUUUGGGGUACAGACCCAGCAGUGCUAUGGCUGGAUCAAAGGGCAGUCUUUUAUCGCCCUUUGGGCAUAGUUUCAAAUUGCCCUCCAGAAUGGUUGGAUCAGUUCCCUCCACCAGCAAUGAAUUAAUGUCCCUACUUUGCUGCAUCCCCUCCAGCAUUCAUUACUUUCCAUAACUGUCAUGUUAACAAUCUGCUAGGUGUGAGGUGAUACCUCAGAGUUGUUUUGAUUUGCAUCUCUCUGAUUAUACGAGAUUUAGAGCACUUCUUCAUGUGCUUGUUAAUAGUUUUGAUUUCUUUAUCUGAGAACUGCCUAUCCAUGUCCCUUGCCCAUUUAUCAAUUGGAGAAUGGCUUGAUUUUUUGUACAAUUGAUUUAGCUCUUUAUAAAUAUGAGUAAUUAAACCUUUGUCAGAGGUUUCUAU